AUGUCUUCUCGCUCCGCCACCCCUGCCUCGACGCCUUCGCUCGUCAACCGCUGCCUCACCUCCUUGCUCGUGGUUCUCGAGGCUCCGCCAACCGCCGACGCCACGCUUGACGUGGUCGAAGAGUGGGCACAAGACUUGUCGCCCCUCGUCCUCGCCUAUCGCAAGGCCUUGGGCGCCAUCCGCGACGAGGAGACGGAGCUGCGCGUUGCCGCUGCCGUCAAGCAACUCGCCGAGCGGGCGUUGGAGUCCUGGGUCGAGUGGGCACGCGGUGACUGGCCCGAGCUUGCGACCGCCAUCGACGCCGAGGUCGAACGACGCGUCGAAGAGCAGAAGCGCCUCGCCGAAGAGGAAGCACGACACGUCGAAGAGGCCGUGAAGCGUGCGAAGGCCGCCGAGGACCGUCGCCUCGAAGACGAACGGCAUCGAAAGGAUGAAGAGGACCGUUGGAGACAGGCUGCCGAAGACGAGCAUCACGCACAAGAGGCCACCGAUGAGGAGUUGGCAAGGAUCACGGCCGCCGAGGGACUUCUCGACAAGGGGAAAGGGUGCACGAAAGUCAACGAGGAGGUCGCCGAGUUGUCUGACAACCCUUCGAUUAAGACUCCUCGGACGGUCGAACACCCGUUCGCAAUGAUGGAGGCCGACAUGGCCGCCGUGGCGAUUGAGAAGCGUUAG